AUGCCGUCAUACAUAACCCUGAGUAAUGGGGACGAAUACUUCAAGCAUCUCCGCCGGAGAUAUUUAAAUGCGCGCUUGCCUUCUUGGGAAGAAGAAGAAGAAGAGGAAGAAGAAGAAGAUGAAAAAAGGGCGCUCUGGGGGUUGGGAGGAGGAGGCUGGGCGGCGGUAGGAGGAGGAGAAGGAGGAGAAGAAGGAACCGAUAAGAAGAAGAAGAAGAAGAAGAAGAAAUGUCCGGCGGUCGAGGAAAAUGAAGGGAAUAAGAAAGAGGGAGAUGAUGAUGAUAAUGAUGAUGACGAGGAGGAGGAGGAGGAAAAGGAGGAGAUGGUCAUGAAGAGAAGUUUGAGGAUGAUAAUGAUGACGAAGAGAGACAAUGAAGUCGUCGAGUAA